AUGUCUCAAAGCAUCAGCCCUGGUGCCCAGCCGUGCAAUAAAUGCAGAUUACAUAUCUAUGUCGGACCUUGCUUUUGUAACGGCAAGAGCGGCGAAGUUUUCGUAUUAUACAGCCGUGUAAUACCAUGUGGAAUUGGAGUGAAUCACCCCCUUCGUGAAGACAAAAUACAUCAUCAUAGGAUAUGCAAAUAUUGUCAUGGUGAGAAGUCAAGGGCAAGAGAAGGAGAUGAGAGAAGGAGGAAAGAUGAUGAGAGAGAGGAAGGGGACAGAGAGGCACUAGAGAUGGUAAGAAGAAUAAAACAAGCGAAUAAAGAGAGACAGAGAGUAUUGAAAGAGGAGAAGGAAAAAGAAAGGGAGAAGGAAAGGAAAAGGGAGGAAGAAAGGAAAAGAGAAGAGGAAAGAGAAAGACAGAGAAAGAGGGAAAGAGAGGCUACAGAUAGACAAUUGAGAGAGAAUAUAGAAAGAGAAAGAAAAAUAGCGAGAAGUGUGAUAACCGGCAGUGGGGGAAAUGAGAGGAGCAAGAGGUGUGAGAGGGGUGAGAGGAGUAACAGAAGAGAGCAAGUGAAAAAAGAAAAUACGAGCAGAGGGGUAAAAGUGGGAAGAGGAGGACAAAGGGGUGAGAAGAUUGAUAGAAACGAGGGUGCUCAGAGGAAUGCGAGAGAUGUGAGAAGCGAAAGCAGAGAGAAGCAGGUGAGGUGGGAAGAUCGUGAUCGAGAAGAGAGAGAAGCCACCGAUACGGCACUCCAAGCGGAGAUCGCAUCAAUCGAUCAUGGAAUCGACUACUGGUAG